CAAAAAAAAAGGAAAAAAAGACUUAAUUUUUCUUCCGCUCUCUACGCAUUUGGCACGCUGACGACGAAGUUGAACAAGCAGCAGAACCAGCAGAAGAAGACGAAGCACGACGACUCUCUCUCUCUCUCUCUCUCUCUCUCUCUCUCUGUCUCUUUUGAUACGUGAUUCAUCUGCCCUCUUCUCUCUUUCAAUCAAUCUCCUCGAGACAAUUUUAAAGAUCGAGCUUUUGACAUUCAUCAACGCUCGUCUACUUAUGGGGGAAACUGUUAAAGAGAGUGGAGAUGCAAGUUCAGAGCUGGUAAAAUCCAUUGGUGAUAAGCAUGCCAGUCUCGUCAGACCAGCUGCUAAAUAUUACUCUGCUCUUAAAGAUGCUAUGGUUUGUGGGAAAGGAAGAUAUACACUUGUAAAAGAUGUGGACGAGGUAGAAAGUGGAGCUUAUUAUGACAAACCUCUUCCUUGCUUUGGUUGUGGCAUCGGAUGGUUCUCCUUUCUCCUGGGGUUUUUGUUCCCUUUCUUGUGGUACUAUGCGACAUUUCUGUACUUCGGAAACUACUACCGCAAGGAUCCUAGAGAAAGAGCUGGCCUUGCUGCUUCCGCAAUCACUGCGAUGGGAUUCUCCCUCUUGCUACUGGUGAUUCUUGUUUUCAGGUGGUUCUAAUGGGUUCUUUACUUAAACCGUCGUCAUCAUAUACCAUAGUCUUGAGAUAUAUAUAUAUAUAUAUAUAUAUAUAAUGAAAGCCCCAUACUGGCCAAAGGAAUAUAGAGGAGGGACUUAGAUACGUGUGUCUGUACAUUCUCAUAUAAUACAGAUAUUAUAUACCUCAUCUUUAUACUCAAGCUCUGUAUCAUUUUCUUCUCGCAAUAUACAAUUGUGUACAAAAAGAAAAGAGAAAAAAAUAAAUAAAUGAGCAAAUGAUUGUUUCUUUCUUGA